AUGGCAAAUGAGAUGACUCGAUGUUAUAUUCUUGCCUCUAUGGCUAAUAUUUUGCAACAUCAGCAUCAGUUUAUGGGGUCUGCUUAUGACAUGCUUGAAAGUCUCAAAGCGAUGUUCGGAGAGCAAAAUCGUAUGGCUAAGAAGACAGUCACAAAAUCCCUUUUGAAUACUAAGAUGGCCGAAGAGUCAUCGAUUAGGAACAAUGUUCUAAAGAUUUUGGGUCUUCUAAAUGAACUGGAGGUCCUUGGAGCUGUGAUUGAUAAAGAAUCUCAAGUUGAGAUGGUCGUGCAGACUCUGCCUAACAGUUUUCAAAAAUUUCGCUUGAACUAUAAUAUGAACAAAAUAGAUUUGUCACUAGCGAAAUCGUUGAAUGAGCUGCAAUCGGCAGAAUCUAUUAUCAAACAGCAAGCUCCGAUUUUGGAACUGAAUAUUGAGAAAUCUUCGAUUUCUAAGCCGAAAGGCUAA